AGUUGGAGGAGCUGGAGGGAGUGGCUGUACAGAAGGGGCUGAAGUUCACCGGCACAAGCAGCAGGUGGAAGAGUGAGAGAGAGUGAGAAACCCUGAUGCACUGACUCUGUCAAGGAGACGCACGCCCUUCACCUGACUGAGGUAUCUUCUCCAAGCUGAAUCUGGCACCAUGCCACAGAUCGAGGUCAAAACCCAAGUUGCAAAAGUCCUCAAUAAAACCACGCCAGGGCUGCAGAUAUGGAGGAUAGAGGCCUUGGAGAUGGUGCCCUCCCCUUCUAAAGCAUAUGGAAAUUUCUAUGAAGGAGACAGCUAUAUCAUUCUAUACACCAAUAAGAUGAACAGCUCAUUCACCUACGACAUCCACUUUUGGCUCGGAAAGCACACCUCCAACGACGAGCAGGGGGCGGCGGCCAUCUACACCACCAUGAUGGACGAGCACCUGGGGGGUGUGGCUGUGCAGCACCGCGAGGCGCAGGGCUAUGAGAGCGACACCUUCCGCGGAUACUUCAAACAGGGCAUCAUCUACAAGAAGGGCGGCGUGGCAUCUGGGAUGAAGCAGGUGGAGACCAACACCUACAACAUCCGUCGCCUGCUCCAUGUCAAGGGAAAAAAGCAUGUGGUGGCUGGAGAGGUGGACAUGAGCUGGAGCAGCUUCAACAAGGGGGAUGUGUUCCUGCUGGACCUGGGCAACCUCAUCAUCCAGUGGAACGGACCCAAGAGCAACCGCAUGGAAAAACUCAAGGGGAUGAAUCUAGCCAAAGAUAUCCGUGACAGGGAGAGAGGGGGACGGGCACAGGUGAGCGUGGUGGAAGGGGACGACGAGAAGUCUUCAGAGGAGGCCAUGAAGCUGAUGAAACAGCACCUAGGAGAGACAAGACGGGACAUCAGGGACUGCAUCGCACCUGACGACAUCGUCGACCAAAAGCUGAAGUCCAGCGUGAAGCUCUUUCAUAUCUCAGAUGCCGAGGGGAACCUUGUGGUGCAGGAAGUGGCAGUGAAGCCUCUGACUCAGGACCUGUUGAAUCACGAGGACUGCUUUCUGUUGGAUCAAGGUGGUACACAAAUCUUUAUCUGGAAAGGAAAAAAGGCUUCCAAGACAGAGCGGUCUGAGUCUUUGGAUAAAGCAGAAGCAUAUAAGAAGGCGAAGGGCUACCCUAUCUCCACCUACAUCGAGACGGUGAAUGAUGGUGCUGAGUCUGCCUUAUUCAAGCAGCUUUUCCAGAGGUGGACCGUGAAGGGUCAGACUGUGGGGAUGGGCACCACAAGCAGCACAGGGAAAAUUGCCAAGGUUGAGCAGAUCAAGUUUGAUGCAACUUCCAUGCAUGCAAGGCCUGACCUGGCUGCCCAGCAGAAAAUGGUGGACGACGGAACAGGCGAAGCAGAGGUGUGGAGGUUAGAGGACAGUGAGCUGGUGCCUGUGGACAGGAAGUGGUUGGGCCACUUCUAUGGAGGCGACUGCUAUCUCAUCCUCUACAAAUAUGAAGUCAGCAACAGGAGUCGCUACAUGCUAUACAUGUGGCAGGGUCGUCAUGCGACCACGGGAGAGCUAGCUGCCUCUGCUUUCCAAGCCGUGAACAUCGACCGGCAGUACAACGGGGAGCCAGUUCAGGUCCGAGUGCCCAUGGGGAAAGAACCACUCCACCUCAUGGCCAUAUUCAAGGGCAAGAUGGUGGUCUAUGAGGAGGGGAGCUCCAGAGUCAACUCUAAACAUGUCCAGCCGGCAGUUCGUCUCUUCCACAUCCACGGCACCAACGAGUUCAACACCCGCGCCAUUGAAGUGCCGGCACGCUCUUCGUCCCUCAACUCCAACGACGUCUUUGUGCUCAGCACUGACACUUGCUGCUAUCUGUGGUACGGAAAGGGCUGCAGUGGCGAUGAGCGAGAGAUGGGCAAAUCCCUGGCAGACAUCAUCUCCAGGAGGGAAAAACAAGUCAUUGCAGAGGGCCAGGAGCCGGCUCACUUCUGGGUCAAUCUCGGAGGCAAGUCCCAGUAUGCCGACAGCAAGAGGCUUCAGGAAGAGCACACAAACAUCACCCCACGUCUCUUCGAGUGCUCCAAUCAGACAGGCCGCUUCAUGGCCACGGAGAUCACCAACUUCAACCAGGACGACCUGGACGAAGAUGACAUCAUGUUGCUGGACAUAUGGGACAUGGUGUUCCUGUGGAUCGGCAAGGGAGCCAAUCAAAUAGAGAAGGACAAUGUGGUCCCCACGGCACAAGAAUACCUGAAGUCCCACCCAGGGGGUCGGGAUGUAGACACCCCCAUCGUGAUGAUCAAACAGGGCUUUGAGCCUCCCACCUUCACUGGCUGGUUCCACGCCUGGGACCCACACAUGUGGAGUGGAGGGAAGUCCUACCAAGAAUUGAAGGCUGAGCUUGGAGAUGCCACUGACAUCAUCCAGAUCACUGUGGAGAGAACCACAUCCAAUUCCACUCAGAAUAACUCCAAGAACACUGGAAUAUCACUGUUGCAACCUACCGUUCAGGCCACCUUCCCUGCAGACAAGCUGUUGAACUGCCAGACAGAGGACCUGCCCGAAGGGGUUGACCCCACCAAGAAAGAGGAGCAUCUUUCCAAUGAUGACUUUGCUCUGAUCCUGGGUGUGUCCAGGGUAGACUUCUACUCCAUGCCCAACUGGAAGCAGCAGAAUUUGAAGAAAGAGAAGGGUCUAUUCUAAAAGGAGUAUAUCUACACCGUGGGCCUCAUUUUGACAGUGUGUAAUAAGGGCACUGUUGUCAAAUCUUCUCAAACUCUAUUUCAAAAGGAGUUUGGAAUGCAAGCGUUUGAAAUUCUGCAUCUUCAAUCUGCACUGUUUUUUUUUUAAUGAGCCCCACUAAAACAAAAGUAUAUGGAGUAUUUCAGACAUGGUUGACACCUUUUUUUUCGCGUUUUCAAAAUGAGGCCCCUCGUGUUUUGUCAUCUAGCCUUGCACUUCUACUCUUAGCCAAGAGAGUGUGUGAAUGAGUGGGUCGUUCUCAAAUAACUGUAAACAACAUAUUAAAGCGCCUUUAGGUUUAGUCUUGCAAAUAAUCUAUGAUUUGUUUUCUUGCUUCUGAAAUGUCACUGUUAAAAUUUAGGCAAUCGAGUUAUGAAGAUGACAUUUGUAGUUGAUAGAAAGGAUUCUACACAUUCUAUUAUUGGAGAUUUAGCAUAGGCUUCAUUUGCAGCACUUUCCCCCUGAAUUGCUAGUUGUGUCACAGAACUAUAUCUGGAUAUGUAAUGUGCCUGUCAGGAAUUUCAAAAUAAGUAGAAUAUGAUGUUGGUUCUAUACUUUAUGUCCACGAUUAGCCUUAAUAUUGAAAACAUAUCUGCAAAAAUAUAUUUGCAAUCUUCAGAGGACCACAAGGGCUUAGUUUAUUAGUAGGUACUUUGUGUUUCAUAAUAUACAUGUUGAGAUGUAACGUAUCAAUGAAAUUAUGACUGUCAAAUGGAGAUAUCUAUUGGGGUAUUUUGUUUUUUUGCUAUGUUGGAUAAGCAGAUGAAUACAUCUCUAUGAAGAUCCUUCAUUUGCAAUGCUACACUGACAGUCAAUAAAGACCCUAUUCCCCA